AUGCACGAAUUGAUCUGGAGUAAGGACCUGCUCACUAUUCUCGAUCGUCUCGAUUGGAGUGUUUCCUGGCCAGAAGCCCGUAUAACUUGGAGAUACACUUCUCUUGAAUCUCCUUUGUACUCAUUGCGUGAUAUUGAAAAAUACGCAACCGAUUUUUGGAAAAAAACUCCAAAGGAAAUAAACAAAGAAAUUCAAGACGGUAGCACUCGUUCGAUGAAAAAGAUGGAGUUGUUCAAUCCGCUUCAAAGAUUCAUUGGAUGUACUCCAAAAACUGAAAAAGGAGCGGUCUUUAUUGUGUGUUUAGUGGGAACUAAGAAUGAUAGUGGAAUUUGUGUUGCAAUUAAACCAGAAGAAGAAUCUUAUUUUGGACGUCAGUCGGAUUUCAUGAGUGAUAUCAACGAGAUAAGAAGACAUUAUGCAAAAGAGUAUAGAGUUCCCAACAUGCAUGCAUUGACUUGGAACGACAAGCUCGCUGAAGUUUUAGAGCCUCUCGGAAUGGAUGAUGUGAGGGCUCAAGCUAAGAAAACUUGGAGAUAUGGAGCACUAAACACAUAUGACAAUACUAUCUAUCAUAUUAAAGCGGAUGUUACUCAAUUUUUCGAAAUGAAUAGAACCGCAAAAAAUGAUCACAUUGUCAAAACUUUAUCGGACAAAGACACAAUGGACAGAUUGGAAUUUCUUAAUCCUCUGCAAAAAACAAUUGCUUGUGGACGGAAAGAGGACGAAAGAGUAACUCUUAUUAUUUGUUUGAUGGGUCCAGAAGGAAACUUCACAAUAUUUGAUACGAGUUUUCAAUCGCAGUCGGCUGCUGGAUCAAAGUGUGAUAAAGGCUAUUACAAUGAAGAUGGCCUAUGUAUCGUGCAAAUUCCAACUCAAGAACCAAUCAUUGACUACAGAAAAAUGGCUGAGGAAGAAAGAAAUAAAGCAUCAACUGAGGAGCCAGAGCCGGAGCCACUUCUCGAAAAUGGAAACACACAGUCAUUGCGUUUUCUCUUCAGUUUUCUUAUCGUCAAAUGGUUUCAUUCAGUAUUGAACUAA